GUUUUCAUUUUCCAUCGUCCAAUGCAUCUCCUGCCCGGCGACCUCAUCCGGCUCGUCGAGACGCCCAAGGAGAAGGCCAAGGACGCGGUGGCGGCCCUCGGCGGCGCCGAUGGCAUCGCGUAUGCGCUCAACGUCUCGCUCGAUGCUGGCCUCUUUAGCGCCGACGUUGCCGACCUCCAGAAGCGCCAAGAGACCUAUGGCAAAAACUACAUUGAGCCGUCCAAGCCCGCGACGCUCCUCGCGCUCAUGUGGCAUGCGUUCCAGGACCUCACGAUCAUCGUGCUCACGGGCGCCGGCGUCCUCUCGCUCGUGCUCGGCUUCACGGUCGGCCAUAAAGAGAAGGUCCUGCGCAACGCCACCGCGACGCGCGCGCUCGCCGGCGGCAGCGCGGGCACGGCGUGGAUCGAAGGCUUCUCGAUUCUGCUGGCCGUCACGAUCGUCGUCAUGGUCACGGCGCUCAACAACUACCAAAAGGACAAGCAGUUCCGCGCCCUGAACGCGGUCAAGGACGACGAGAAGAUCAAGGUCAUCCGCGACGGCGAGCCAUCUGAAGUUGGCAAGUUUGACUUGGUUGUGGGUGACAUCGUGCGGCUCGACGUCGGCGACAUCCUUCCGGCGGACGGUCUCGUGCUCGCCUCGUCGGACCUCAAGCUCGACGAGAGCGCCAUGACCGGCGAGUCGUUCUUGAUGCUCAAGGACAAGAUCAAUGCGCCGUUUCUCUUCUCGGGUACCAAAGUCAUGGAAGGCAUGGGGACGAUGCUUGUGCUCUGCGUCGGCGCGUCGUCCCAAGCCGGCAUGAUCUCGUCGCUCGUCAUGGGCAAGGCCACGCCGGUCAAGGAAGCACCCGAGAUUGUCGUCGAGACCAGCGGCAAUGCGUACAUGCAGCUCUCGACGCCGCGCAGCAGCCUCCAAGACGCCAAGUUGGCGGCCAACGCCCCGACGUCGUCCAAGAAUGACAGCGUCUCGCCGCUCCAAGGCAAGCUGGACAAACUCACGCUCUUCCUCGGCAAGUUCGGCUUUACCGUCUCGACCUUUGUCGUCCUUGCACUCGUCACGCGCUACUCGAUCGAAAAGUUUGGUGUUCAGGAAGCCGCGUGGUCGACCGACGACCUCAAGGAGUUUCUGCACUUUUUCAUUGUUGGCGUCUCGGUGCUCGUCGUCUCGAUCCCUGAAGGCCUCCCGCUCGCUGUGACGAUCUCGCUUGCGUUCUCGGUCAAGAAGAUGCUUGCCGACAACAACCUCGUGCGUCAUUUGAGUGCAUGCGAGACGAUGGGGUCGGCGACGACCAUUUGCUCGGACAAGACGGGCACGCUCACCACCAACAAGAUGACCGUCAUGCAGUGCCGCAUUGGCCAGACCACGUUUGCGCCGGCGUCCGACUUGGAUACGAUCACGUUGGCGCCGUCGACGCGCGAGCGCCUCGUGCACGCCAUGUGCUUGAACUCGACCGCCGAGUUGAUCGGGCCCGAGCGUGCCCACACGGGCAACAAGACCGAGUGCGCGCUUCUGAUGUUCGCGUCGCAGCUCGGCGCGCCGUCGUACGCGGCGCUGCGCAAGGACUUUGGCAGCGUCUGCCACUGGCUGCCGUUCAGCUCGGCCAAGAAGCGCAUGUCGAUCGUGCUGCCGUUGUCAGCGACGACUACCCGCGUCUUCACCAAGGGCGCGAGCGAGAUUGUCCUCGGUCUCUGCGACUCGCAGCUCCUUGAAGACGGCUCGUCGAUCGCACUGAACGAUACCACGAGCCACUUGGCGAGCAUCUCGUCGUUUGCCAAGAACGGUCUCCGCACGCUCUGCCUCGCCUUCAAGGACGUCGACGCGCCGUACGAUGUGGUUGCGGCCAUGCCCGAGGCGCAGCUCGAGUCCAACUUGACGUGCAUUGCGAUCGUCGGCAUUGAAGACCCGCUUCGUCCGGAAGUCCCUGGCGCCAUCCGUCAAUGCAACCAAGCCGGCAUCGUCGUGCGCAUGGUCACCGGUGACAACAUUGACACGGCCAGGUCGAUCGCGUCCAAGUGCGGGAUCCUCCCGGCCGACGACCCGGACGCUAUCGUCAUGGAAGGUGCGACGUUCCGCGCGGCCGUCCUCGACGCCCGCGGCAACAUCAAGCAAGAUGCGUUCGAUGCGAUCUGGCCCAACCUCCGCGUCCUCGCGCGGUCGUCGCCCCAGGAUAAGUACACGCUCGUCUCGGGCAUGAUGCAGUCGACGAUUCAUGGGCCGCAGGUCGUGGCGGUCACGGGCGAUGGCACCAACGACGCGCCGGCGCUCAAGAAGGCCAACGUCGGCUUCGCCAUGGGCAUUUGCGGCACGGCCGUCUCGAAAGACGCCUCGGAUAUCAUUCUCAUGGACGACAACUUCAAGUCGAUUGUGAACGCGGUCAAGUGGGGCCGCAACGUCUACGAUUCGGUCUCCAAGUUUCUCCAGUUUCAGCUCACGGUCACGGUCACCGCGAUCACGCUCUGCGUCAUUGGCGCCGUCGUCCUCGAAGAGACGCCGCUGACCGCGAUCCAGCUUCUCUGGGUCAACUUGAUCAUGAACACGUUUGCAUCGCUCGCGCUGGCGACUGGGAUCCCCACGGACGCGAUGCUCGAGCGCAAGCCGUACCCCAAGACAAAGGCGCUCAUCUCCAAGAAGAUGACCAAGCACAUUGUGGGCCAAGCGCUCUUCCAGCUCGCGGUGCUUCUGACGCUGACGUUCAAGGGCGAGAAGCUGCUUGACAUUCCGUCGGGCCGCAAGUACGAAAUUGUGACGGCCGACCCGUCCCAGCACUACACGAUGGUCUUCAACACGUUCGUCUUCCUCCAGCUCUUCAACGAGAUCAACGCGCGCUGCAUUCACGACGAGGCCAACAUCAUGGACGGCUUUUUCGCCAACAAGCUGUACCUCGGCAUCUCGGUCAUCCAAGUCGUGCUCCAAGUGCUCAUUGUGCAGUUUGGCGGCAGCGUCUUCGAGUGCGCGCCGUUGAGCGUCUCGCAGUGGUUUGUGUGCCUCGGCCUUGGCGCGCUGAGCUUGCCGAUCGGCUUUUGCCUCCGCCGCAUCCACUCGCACCACCUUCCCAAGUCGUUUGGCUUUGUCCGCAAGGCCCCGACGACCGCGCUUCGCUUCCACCGAUAACAGCCAACCAGCAAUUCUUGCGUGGUUGCGUUCUCAGUGUCGGUCGUCGUCUCCCGUGCACAUGUCUCUUUUGGAUAAAACAACUUAAACAAUACAUGUCUAUGCACGAAGUCACAUGACAUCUGGACCACGCACGACGUACAGUAGCAGUGCAACGUCGGCAACUUCGGCAAGAGGCCUCAUGAAAACCACCCCGCCGUGCU